AUGGCACCUGGUCUCUCGCUCAGAGAAUCAGAAGAAGCGACAUUAUCUUCGAAAGGCUACCAUCUAUUGCAGAAAUUAGGCGAAGGCUCGUACGCCCAGGUGUUCCUGGCCGAAUUUACCGGCGACAAUGCCGACAGGGACAAGACCGGCAAAUUUCUCGCCUGCAAAAUCAUCGACGUGAGCAAAGCCCCCAAGGAUUUCGUGAGGAAAUUCCUGCCGAGGGAAUUGGACAUACUCGUGAGAGUCAAUCAUCCCCAUAUCAUUCACGUGCACAGCAUAUUUCAAAGGAAGCACAAGUAUUACAUUUUCAUGAGGAACGCCGAAAAUGGCGAUUUGUUAGAGUACAUUUUGAAAAAGGGACCGAUCUCGGAGGCGCAGAGCCGCGUGUGGUUCAGGCAAUUGGCGCUCGCCAUGCAAUAUUUGCACGAAAUGGAAAUAGCCCAUCGGGAUUUGAAGUGCGAGAAUUGCCUCAUCACCAACAACUACAACAUCAAAUUGGCCGAUUUCGGUUUCGCACGGUUCGUUGUCGAUCAGAGCGGCAGGAAAAUGAACAGCGCCACCUAUUGUGGCUCCCUAUCAUACGCCGCCCCCGAGGUACUCAAGGGCUCGCCCUAUUUCCCCAAAACCGCCGACGUUUGGUCGAUGGGCGUCAUACUGUACAUAAUGGUGAACAAAGCGAUGCCGUUCGACGACACCAACGCCAAGAAAUUGAACGAGUUACAGUUGCAGCGCAAGUGGAAGUUUCGCUCCAAGGUGGUGGACGUUCUAUCCGAUCAAAUAAAGAAUCUGAUCACUCACAUGCUGGAGCCCGACAUACAGAAACGGUUCAAAUUGGAGCAGGUGAUCGGUUCGGAUUGGAUGACGAUGGAUCCGCGAUUGGUGAUGCUGAAUCCGGCCGAAGAGGCAGGCGUUGGCGCAGGCGCGCAUCGAUCGGAAGAAUUACAUACAAUCGUUGGCCAGCAAGGCGGUCGACGAUUCCAAGAUUCCCGGUAUCGAAUACGUCAAGACCGAUUGAUUCUAAUUCGAACUCUACAUUCGUUAAUAAGUUCCAAAUUAUUAUUACGUUUCCUAGUAGGUCAAUGGAUGUGA